AUGGCUCCAAAGCCCCAUGUUCAGUACCACGAAGAUCUCAGACAAGCCAGCAAUUUUUGGAUAUCUUCAGGCGGGACAAUGAGAUCUUCUGAAACUCGAUGCAUCAGGACGCCCACGAUAACACGGCCUAUGCGCGGUGACACGCUCGGCGCCCAUUACACCCGCGCAGCCGUCAACUGCACUCUUCAACAGGUUGUCCUAGCUCAGACAGCCCGGCCCACCCUGUGA